AUGUAUAAAGGAUUUAAUUUUCUUUAUUUGUCAGUAGUCUUAUUGUUAGCAUUUAAUAUCUCAUUCACAUUUUCACAAAACACUAUUUCAGUUAAUUAUAAUGUGCAAAGAAAUUAUAAUUCAUUUGAAGAAUGUGGUUUAAAUGGUGAACCAGUUUGUACAUCAUUGGAAGAUGCAGGUAAUAGAGCAAUUUUAUUAUCAAAAACAAGUAAUCCAACAAACAUCAUCAAUAUCAUUGGUAAUAUUGAUGGAUCAACACCUGUCACAUUUGGUAAUUUAUAUAAUUAUUGUGGUAAAUUGUUUAUUAGAUCAAGUAUUAGUAAUGUCAAUAUUAAUAUUAAUGGAUCAAAUUCGACUCAACAACCAUUCCUCACCAUUCAAGAAGCUGAUCAACCAAAUUCGACUUUUCCAUGUUCAAUUCCAAGAAUAUUUCAAUUCCAAUAUAUUAAUUUUACAAAUUGGGAUCAAACACUUGUAAAUAUUAAUAUUAAUCAAGAAACAGAUUUAAAUUCAGUUAAUCCAUCAAAGAGUUUAACAGUUUAUUUUCAACUUGUAAAUAUAAUUUCUUCAAGUAGUAUUUUAAAGAUUUAUCCAAAGAACUUUGGUGAAAAUUAUAAUUUACAAGCAAUUAAAGUUUCAUUUAUAUCAACAAUUGGAAUAGACUUAAAAUCAUCAUCGGUUUUAUUUUCACCAAGUUCAACCCAAUAUUAUUUACCACCAAUUUAUUUAGCCGGUGCAUCAGUAACUAGAAUUUUAAGUUUAUCAGAUAGUACAUUUGAAUCAACACCAUUUAUUUUCUCUGAUAAUGGAGGUGUAUCAUCUGGAAGUUUCGUCGUUUCAAAUAAUAACUUCUCUUCAAAUCCAUUCAUUAUGGCCGUCAAUGGUGGAACUGUAGCACUUCCUACCCUUUCUUUUACAAAUAAUAUUCUUUCAACAUUUAUUUACUUUUCAAAUUUUUAUAAUCAACCAUUAAUUCAGGCUACAUUUUCAAAUAACAUCUUUGGAAAUUCUUUCGUUCAGAAUAAUAAAUUUAUGGAAUAUGAAAAUGAAAAUUCUAUUUUUGUAAUAAAAGAUAGUGACUUUUCCACCAUUGAUCUCUUAGGUUAUUCAAUUUUAAAUCAAAACACCAUUGCCAACGAUUUAAUAUACAUAGUAAAUAGCAGUUUAAAUUUAGAUAAUAGUGUAAUUAGAUCACCAAUGUUAGUUCCUCAACAUAUAAUUAAUUCAAUUAAUAGUUCAGUUUCAAUUAUUAAUUUUAACCUUACAAUCAGCGAACUACCAAUUGUUGGAUUUAAUUCAAAUAUACAUCUAUUUAGUUCAGUUUUCACAAACGAUGUUUACUGUGGUUGCCAAGGCUGCUCAUUUUAUAUUCAAUUGGAUUUGGUUGACCCAUUAGAAUACUUAUCUCAAUGCAAUCUCUAA